ACGGGCUUUAUUCGUCCGUCGAUUGCGCUUUUGCUAACAUUAGUGUCAAAAAAAUGGCAAACUCCAAGUAUUCUAUUGAACUGAAUGAUUUUUUUAAAGACAUGGCUCAGUUCAAUGAAGAACAAUUAUAUAUGAAGCAAAUGGUGGAUAGGGCAGUGUUGAUAGCUCCAAUGCAGAUGAAGAUGUUUAAGGAGAUGUUUCCGACUAAGACCUCAAAUUGUAUUGAAUCAUUGCUUUAUCCACUUGAAAUGCAUGUCUAUGGGAGCUCAGUUGAAGGCCUAAGUUGUUACACAAUGCAUGAUAUGGGAGACGUUGAUUGUAUGUUGUGCCCAACAGCAGAGGAAGCAGUGCUUGACGAGUCCAUGUUAGAAUAUGUCGAUGGUGAGCCUGCAUUUGUUCGUGUUCGUGGUAAAGAUCGUCCACUACUGCAGAAAUGUUUGCAUGGAGAGACAAACUUUGUUGCUACUUCUACUCUCAAGGAAAUGGACCCGACAAUCUUUGGCUUUGCAUGCUUCAUUGCAAAGAAUAUUACGGGGAAAUUUCUUGGAGCGCUUUUGCAACACAUGCGAAAUCUUGAAAUACCUAAUCUAACGAAAGCUCACGAGAAUCCGGAUGGUCCUUCCUUUCAGUAUGAUAUGCAGAUGGAAUUUCAUGGACCAAAGCAUCAAAUAUCCGUUGAGGCCGUUGAAGAAACAUUCAAUUCUAUGCCGUUUGAUAUGAUCCAACGAUUAUUAAUUGGUGCUAGUGACGAUGUUGCCGACGGUAUAAAUCAAUUACGGGAUACGUGCAAGAAGUUCUUAAUUUCGACAAUGAAAGAAAAUCCCACUAAUGAGGAACUAUUGCAAGCAACUGGUCCCAAAUGGUUGAGUGAUCUAUAUAAGCUGUGUGAGGUGAAUCUAGAAGACAUCGAUAACCUUGAAGACUAUCUCAAGCCCAUUUCCUCAGUGAUUUUCAAGUAUUUACAAGCUUAUCAACCGGCUUGGGACAUGCAAAAGCAAGAGAACGACCAUUUGGAGAAACCAGUGAAAAGGGGAAUAGAUUUCGUGCCUUCCUUCAAAGUCAAAGGAUGGCCUCAAGUGGCACAGGGCUGGUUUGAGCGUGAUCGAAAAUGGCCAAGUUUUGAAGCCUUAUCAAAUGUUAUGAAAAGUGGCUUUCACUUGGUGUUCAAGUCACCACGACAUAGCAACACAACACCACAUCUCGAUUUUCGUUUGUCCUUCUCACACGCUGAGCUACUUUUGAGUAAGGAACUGAAUGACAUACAACGAGAGUGCUAUAGAUGUCUCAAGUUAUUCUACAAGGCCUUGAAUCAAAACAAAGAACCCAAGAUAAUCUCGUCGUACGUUCUCAAGACAACACUAUUAUGGACGGUUGAGAAUACAGGCGUGGAAGAAUGGAAUGAGAAUAACCGCGCAUCGUGCAUGAUGAUGCUACUGGAGAAACUGCACCACAGCCUUGAGACGAAGUUUCUUCCACAUUAUUUCAUCCCAGAGUUUAAUCUACUCGAAGAAGCUGUCAUCGAAGAUCCUCAAAGGUUGCAAAACCUGGCAGAUGAACUCCGGGAAAUUUGCGACAAUCCAAUAGAAUCGUACCAAGAGAUGCUGAAAGCAGCUGAAAUAGAGUCAUCAUCAAGUGACGAAUUCAAAGCGAAAUCACAAUCUCCGCCUGAAGACCCGGUUAAGCAAAGUGGGACUUUUCAAUCCAAAGUGAUGUCUAAAGAAGAGUUUGAAGAACUUUAUUCUGUCGUCUUAGAAGAAAUAGUUUUUUGGGUUGAAGUUGGCCCAUACAUGACUUGCUUUGAAAAUCCCACAAUGGAAAGUAUCGUUACCUUUUUGUAUGAUGAAGUCUGUAGCAAGAAGGCUCGCCUUGAUUUGCAUGAACUCUCUUCCUCUGAUGAUGAAAAAUCCUGCGAAUAUUCUGAAUCCUCUAAAGUUGAUAAUUCUAUAUGUCAGGUUACUGAAGAUCCAGUUGCAAUUGCAGGUUUUGAUUCCUCACUGUUCUCUAAAUCGUCUGAGCAACCCUUAAUUGAACAUUCUAAAGAUAAUGAUUCGAAAUGUAAGGCGAUUGACGAUCAACUCUGUAAAAACCAUGCACUAGAUUCGGAUUCCUCAGAGUCCUCUGAUUCAUCUGAAGUUGACGAUAUGUUAUCUGAGGUGAUGGAAGAAAAUCUACCGGAUUUAGAAAUGGCAUAUUUCUAUUUUCAUUGGCUGACAUAUAAAAGCCAAUGUGACCCUAGAGAGAGAAUGCUGUGGGUGUUUAAUACUGUGCUUGAAUUGGAUGAAUAUAUGCAAAAUGAAGAGCACGAUUCAUUUGAGUCCAUGAUGAAUAGACUGAGUACUCAUCCAAUUUUUGGGGAUACAAUUCACGCAAUGUUAGAUACAAUGUUAGAUCUUUUAGGUAAAAAAUCCACAAAUGCCAGUGAAGAUGAUAUGCCGCUAAACUGACAGAUUUUGACUGUCAUACAAAUAAAAGUAAUAAAGCAAGGAAGUGAAUGCUAAAAGCUAAGAGUAUUCAAUAAUGUAUUACCCAGACCUCUUCUGAGAUAGAAGUUUGUAUGCAUUGUGGUCUAGAUUUGGUACAAACAUCUUUUGAUCCUUUUAACGUUGUUUGUUUGGCAGUCUGAUUUUUGUACAUUUCACAGUUGUAACAAGCGCUUUAAGAGCUCAUGCAUUUAGGCCUUGGUCCUACGAGUCAGGCUCCUCUUGCAUGUUGUCUUUGUAAUUUUAGUAGUUUAUGGAAAGAAGUUUAUACAAGAAUUGUUUGCGAAGCCCACAGUUAUAUUUGUACUGAAGCUAGACCAAAAUGCUCCACGGUUUUUGUAUUUCAGGAAAAGUCUAAUUUAUUUAGUAUAAAAUAUGCUUGCUAUAAGACAGUUACAUGGAGUCACAUGAAAUGUUUUAAUCUGGUUUUGAGAUUUAGAUCCACCUAUCAAAUAGACAAAAUCACUCAAGCGAAAUAUUAUAUCAUGGCAUAUUUGUCUUUUAAUAUUAAUUACUUUCAUUAAUUAAUAAUGCGAAUUCUUGAGAUCUCUACUAAAAUAGGUAUACAAGUGUUAGCCUUUAAUAUGUUGAUCCCUGACCUGGGAAUGAACGUCCUAACAGCUGCAAGACUAGGAGACUAAAUGAAUUAUAUGUAUGAAUUAUAAAAGUAAUCGAGCAAAAUAAAUUUGAAUGAUUAGUGAUAAUAAUUGUACGAUGGGAAACAAAGGAAUUCUCACAGUACGUACAGUACAUAGCAUAAAAUUAUUUAGUCUCUAGUCUAGUUUGCAAGCAAUAACAGUAACUUGUGCAUUUUUAAAUAAUCCAGCUCGGGCAAAAAAAAAAUACUGAAUGAAUGUACAUCUAAACUAACGAUGUGAUCAUUGGUUAAAGUUUUACCUUUUUUAGCUUUAAAAAAUGUAGAUUUUAUUUUUACUUAUUUAGCCUAGCUCAAACAUUCUGCACUAUUAAAAUAAGUAUCAGCGACCUUAUUCUUCGUUUUCAAGUUACGACACAGCGUCCAUCUAGAAGGAACUUCAACAAAGGUUAAAGGUUUCUCAUUAGUAUCUAUUGUUUGUUCAUCCAACAUGUCCACCAGUCUUUUAUCUUUUGAAUGUCAUGGGAAUGGUUGAAAACGAUCAAUAUGUAGAUGGUGUGAAUUUUUUAAAAUGACUCUUUGUCGAUUUUUUAAAUAUUGUUUAAAAUUAUAGUGUAAAUGUCACUUUUUUGAUCUACGUUAGUAAUAAUAUUCAUUUGUGAAAAUCUGCUGAUUAUAAAGUACAUUUAGUGUUAUUGAAGCGAAUAAAACGAUUAUAAUAGA